GGGGGCGGUCACAUGACACUGUUUGAACCCAACAGCCAAUCAGAAUCAAGACAUGAAAAGAGGGCGGAAGUAAAGAAGUUGUCCAUGAUUAUCCAUUUGUUUGCUUUUGGGGAUUUAAUCUGAUUUCAUCUGAUUUAUGGAUAUUUAAUGGGAGGUGACAAUUUGGGUCGCCUUUAUAAUGACGUUCAUAUGAAUACGUCGCAUUUAAAAGGAUACAUUUUAAGAAACAUGGGCGCAAUUCGGCUAUUUGUUGCUUAGCUUGUGAUGCUAACUUGUUUUGGGGUACAUAUCUGACAUCUUUACGUGCGUGUUUCAACAAGACAGCCUAAAACACUAGGCAAUCAUUCGUUUUAACGGGACGUAAGCUGAGGAGACAGUGGUUAAAAUGUCUAUUCAGUACGACGAAACCGGGCUGGCGGGAAGUUUUGGGUCGUUUCCGAAGAGUUUUGACUAUGGAGCGGAGGAGCCCGAGGUACAGAGCCCCUCAUCCAGUGACAAACCCCGGAUCCUGCUGAUGGGGUUGCGGCGGAGCGGGAAAUCCUCCAUCCAGAAGGUAGUGUUUCAUAAAAUGUCACCCAACGAGACUUUAUUUCUGGAAAGCACAAAUAAAAUCUACAAAGAUGACGUCUCCAGCACCUCCUUCGUACAGUUCCAGAUCUGGGAUUUUCCGGGACAGGUGGAUUUCUUCGACCCGACGUUCGACAGUGAGAUGAUUUUCAAAGGAACCGGAGCGCUCAUCUUUGUCAUUGAUGCACAGGAUGAUUACGUGGAAGCCUUGAGUCGGUUACAUCUCACUGUGUCCCGCGCCUUCAGAGUGAACCCAAACAUCAACUUUGAGGUCUUCAUUCACAAAGUUGACGGUUUAUCAGAUGACCACAAGAUCGAAACACACAGAGAUAUUCAUCAAAGAGCCAACGACGACCUGGCUGAUGCCAAUCUGGAAAAAGUACAUCUCAGUUUCUAUCUGACCAGCAUCUAUGACCACUCCAUCUUUGAGGCUUUCAGCAAAGUCGUCCAGAAGCUCAUUCCUCAGCUCCCCACACUUGAAAACCUCCUCAACAUUUUUAUAUCACACUCGGGGAUAGAGAAGGCGUUCUUGUUCGAUGUGGUCAGUAAAAUCUACAUCGCCACAGACAGCUCUCCUGUGGACAUGGCGUCAUACGAACUGUGCUGUGACAUGAUUGAUGUGGUCAUAGACGUGUCCUGCAUCUAUGGGCUGAUGCAGGAUGGGAGUGGUUGUGCCUAUGAUAAAGAGUCUUUAGCUACAAUUAAACUGAACAACACCACAGUGCUGUACCUGAAGGAGGUCACCAAGUUCCUGGCUCUAGUUUGUAUCCUGCGAGAGGAGAGCUUUGAGAGGAAAGGUUUGAUCGACUAUAAUUUCCACUGUUUCCGGAAAGCCAUUCAUGAGAUUUUCGAAGUGGGCGGAGUCUCGUCUCUUCUCAGUGAGAAACGAAACAGCAGCCUAAAGUUUGCCGCACUCAACGGAAGCAUUCUUUAACAUGGACUCAUGAAAUCUCUUAGAUAUAACAAAAGUUUGACCUUUAGUGCCAUGGGACGACACAGAGGAACGAUCGGACAUUUGGGGAGAGCAACAGUAUCAUUUUUUUACCUGACUUAGAUUGUAUCUGAGCUCAUGGAAUAUUUAGACAGGAUAGUACAGCGGGAAAAGGAUGAAGAGUGAAGAGGCAUAACCAUAGACUGUGUACAGAAGUGGACUAAGUGAGUGUGACAUCGCCCACAGCGUUUGGCUGCAGUCGAUUUUAGCAAUUUGGAACUGAGUUCCAUAUUUGGAAUUCAAACUGUGAGUAUCAUAGCAACACAAGGUAAUGCCCCUUCCCGCCCGCACCGUUUAAUCAAUCCUGUUGCCAACACUAGUAAGAGCAACCACGGGGAAAGAAGGCGCCCGAUAUUAAUGUUCAUAUCUUGAUUCACGGACACAGUAGUGUAAGUGAGAGGACACAGUUUUCAAUGUAAAGUGAGUUGGAGACAAAGUUGAUGGAGCCGGAAUCACACCCAUGAUCACUUCCUGUUUAGAACACGGCGGCUACCAGGUUAGCUAUGUCCAUUUAUAUAAACAGUCUAUGGGUAUAAUGUAGGAAAUGUUUUUGUUUAAAGAUAAUAGUUAAUUAAUAAUCAUAGAAAGCCUGAUUUUUAUUUUAAUGAUGUAAAAUCUGUGUGUCCUCUUGUGCCUCUUGUGCCAUAAGAGGACACAUAGAACAACUUUGACAUUUGGGAAAAGUUACGGUUUGGGGAAUCAAUAUUUUGUUAUUUUGUUUUGUUGUUUAAAUCUCAGAAAUCCAGAUUUUUAUUUACAUGUAUGUGUGGUUGAAGCUUCCUGCUUGAGGACACAACAAAAGUAGCCUUUUUUUUUUUCUUUUUUUGCAGUGUUCAAACUGGUUACCCUCUGGUUGGUGGUUGAAACUUUCACACACUGUGCCACCGCCACCUCCCCUCACUUCGUUACAAAAAUCAUUUAAAAUGUUUACAGACUUUUGAAGCACAACUAGUCGAUGCAACACCAAUAUGUUGUGACUCUUUUUAAUUUUAACAUUUUGAUUUAAUAAUUUUGUUAAAAAUGGGGUAUUAAGCAAAAUCUAUUUGUUUUUUUAGCUUGCUCCUAUGACACAGGUCCCUCAUCAAAAACAUGCCUGAAGAGGUUUUAGAUGUCAUCCAUUCAUGUUUUAGUAAUUUAGCAAUCUCUCACUAGCCCUAUUCAAACCCUCCUUACAGAUAGCAGUACAAGCCUGUACAAGGCUCCGCCCACAAGUCUACGUCACCCAUGCUCCCACACGACAAUUCUCCAUAAAUAUACAAAAAUAUGAUACAAAACUGUACACAGCAACUUGACAAACCUGAUGUGAUGUGAAGUACCUCCAUUAGUGGGAUGCAGCUCAUUGUGAAGUGGUGGUGCUCUGAAGGGGGAGUGCAGAGAGCAAAGGGAGGGGGGACUCAGAGUGUCAAAAAUGAAAGUUAAUACCUUAUUUUGGACCUCAUUUUCACAGACAUCUUAUGUUGGACUAUUUAUAGCAUUUUAAUUCAGCAUUUUCAAAACAAUAAAAGGUAACAUGGUGAUCUAAAUAUGUUAUGUGUUGCAGUUAAUACUCCAUAGUCAAAUACCCCCUCUUUAACAAUUUGUUUACGUUUGGACCCAAAUCAAAAUGUCUACCUCCGUUUUGUUACUUCUUGCUUCUAUUGCACUAUUUUCAUUAUAAAACAUGUUACACUAAGUUUGACCAGUUUUUUUUCCUAAUUAAAAUACAUAAAAGUGCACUGAGUAACUUUUCUGGUGGAGUGUACACCACCCACCUCCAUGGAGAUGUUAUUGCAUUGCCUGGAAUGUUCCACAGCAUGGCAUUAAACUGAUGUAUGUCUAUGGAGACGAGCAGGUUGCUGUUCAGACUCACAUUAUAACUGCAUGUUUUUAAGGUAUUUUUAGCAAUAAAAAUACUUGUAAUUGGGAAAGAAGCAAGAUAUGUGUAAUGCCAUACUGCGGUACAUUCCAGGUGAAGCAUAACACCUCCACGGAGACCAGAUUGUGCACCUUUAAACGUUACUAUAGUGAUUCUAUGCCUAGGGUAAGUAACGCAAAUAUGACCUUUGACCUUUUAUUUACCUAUGACAUUGCAAAGUAUUUUCAUAAUGGUACUAUUAAAUAUAUUAAAUGUAUGAAAUUAAUGUCAGCUCAGAACAACACGCUUAUUGAUUCUCUUGUAUUGUUUCACUGUGUUUAACUUAGGUCAAAUGUGAUAUUACUUUUUCUAUUGAUUUGAAUAAAAUGUAUUUAUCAGUAUUUAAUAAAAAUAUUUUCAAUUCUCUUG